AUAGUCCAGAUCCAGUAGCUAAAAUGAAAUAAAGCUCGUCGCAGGCCCUGGUCGUGUCCGCAGCUCCCGUCCGCGACUGUUGUUGCUAUUCUGUACCGAUCCGACAGACAGGCCAACGGCAGACAAACCAACGGCAGACAGACCAACGACAAACGACGCCCAACGACUCCACAAAGCGACUCGAGAUGCGGUGGACAACAUGGGGGCCGGCCCUGGCCGUGCUGAGCAGCUCCUGCGCCGAAGCCGCCCUCUUCCCUCGCGCCGUCGCCGGCAAGGGCUUCCUCUCGGUGCCCGUCGGCACGGUCGACAAGCCCAAGAAGGACAAGGCGAAGCGACAAGAGGGCACGAUCCUGCAGCAAUUGGAAAACCGAGAGUUCUUUUACGCGGCCGAAAUCGAAUUCGGCACGCCGCCACAACCCGUCGUCGUCCUCGUCGACACGGGCUCCAACGAGCUCUGGGUCAACCCCGACUGCAACACCGCCCCCUCGCUGGAACAAGAAGCGCAAUGCAAGUCCUUUGGCGAGUACAACCCCGACAAGUCCAGCACGCCGCCCAUCGGCCCCUUCGGCAAGGAGACGAUCAACUACGGCGACGCAUCCGACCCGACGACGCACACAUCGGCCACGAUCCGCUACUACACCGAGACGCUGGGCUUCGGCGGCUCCAACAUCACGAACCAGACGUUCGGCAUCGUCGAGACCAGCGAUGGCAUCUCGCAGGGCAUCCUCGGCCUCUCCCCCGACCUGCGCGCCGGCUUCGAUAGCGACAAGCCCUACAGCCUGGUGCUCACGUCCAUGGCCGACCAGGGCCUCAUCAACAGCCGCGCAUUCGCCCUCGACCUGCGCCACUCCGAGGCCGAGACGGGCGCCGUCAUCUACGGCGGCCUGGACCGCAACAAGUUCAUCGGCGCGCUGGAGAAGACGCCCAUCAUCCGCGGCGAGGCCGGCGAGUUCCGCCUGGCCGUGACGCUCACCAGCCUGGGCAUCACCUUCUCGCAGUCGGAGGAGUUCGGCCUCGACAAGGCCGACAGCAACGUCAUGCUCGACUCGGGCACCACCAUCACGCGCAUGCACUACGCGGCCGCCUACCCGAUCCUCGAGGCCCUGGACGCCCAGGACGACGGCGAGGGCUACUACGUCACCCAGUGCUCGAACCGCGACCGCGCCGGCAGCGUCGACUUUGGCUUCGGCAAGAAGAUUGUGCGCGUGCCCUUCAGCGACUUCAUCCUCGACCUCGGCUCCUCGACCUGGUGCUACAUUGGCAUCGUCGUCACCUCGGACCAGCAGAUCCUCGGCGACUCGGUGCUGCGGGCCGGGUACUUCAUCUUCGACUGGGACAAUGAGAAUGUGCACGUCGCCCAGGCCGCCAACUGCGGUGACGACGACAUUGUCGCCAUUGGGUCGGGCACCGAUGCCGUUCCCUCUGUGACGGGCAACUGCAAGAUGAGCGAUGUCACUGACCGGCCGUCUGUCACUGAGAGUGCAAGUGAAACUGAAGCGGUCUCCAGGACGGCCGGUCUACCCACCAGGGCCUACACGACGACUUUCACCAUCACAUCAUGCCCUGCAUUUGAGCAGGGCUGCACUACCGGCGUGGUGACGACUCAGACCUUUGGGCCGGCGCGGGCGACUGUCACGGUCACGGCCGGCGCCAACUCGAGCAACAGCGACGACGACUCAGGCGCCUGGCGCACAAUGCCGACGAGCUGGAUCUUCGUCGUCAUUGGCGCCUUUGUAGUUGGAUUCAACCUGGUAUAGACGGGUACAGCAUUUACGAAGACCUUGUAUUUAAAACGGCAUUUCCUCUGGUUUGGAGGGCCUAGAUAGAUCGCAUAUAUGGCAGAGCGCCGUCUGAUUUUUGGCAUCUAAUACGAUACAUACUAAUCG